AUGGAAAACACUAGUCGGGAAGAAGCGGAGGAGAACAUGGCAGCAGAGACAACAACAAAAAAGCGGACACUGCAUUGCUUUUUAAGUUUCACUUAUGGGAGAGAAUCAUUGUUGCGACGCAUCAUUUCAUACAUUGGUGUGUCUGUGAUUACAGGUUACCUGCAGGCUUCCCGGGCCCUCAUGAUUUCAGCGUUAGUCUUUGGGUUAUUCUCAUGUCUGAGUGGGAUGGUUGGACUGCAGUGCACGAAGGUUGCUGAAGAAAAUUCUGUACUGAAGGGCAAGUUUGCAACAGUAGCCGGAGCUCUCUCUAUAUUUGCAGGUAUCUGUGCUGGGAUUUCUGUCUCUUGGUACGCGUUCAACAUCACCGCGGAAUUCUUUAACCCACUGUACCCAGGAACCAAGUACGAAAUUGGGCCGGCUCUUUACCUGGGCUGGUCGGGGGCUCUUCUAAAUGUGGUUGGUGGAUCACUCCUGUGCUGCUCAUUCAAAACUCAGGUGGUCGAAGCCAAAAAAGGAUAUACCUACAAUUACCGAGGUGCAACCACGGCAACAUCAGCGAAAGCCGCACCCCAAACUGCCCUCCCGCGUUAUGAAUCAAGUAACAGCAUCUCUAAAUACGGCAAAAACGCCUACGUUUAGCGCCACAAGCCAGCGCUAAGACUUUACCGUAGACAAUGUACAUUUCUGCCGCAAUGUGCCCUUGUGUCACCCCCCACCCAUCUCAAGGUUCUCAUUUUUCACCAUUGGUCCGCCUUCAUUUUCAGCCAUCAUGCGUCAACCCAUCACUGCGCCUACCACACCCCAAACAGACAGUGUUCAUCAUGGAAU